AUGGUGGCCUUGUCCUUAAAGAUCUGUGUGCGCCAGUGCAAUGUGGUGAAGACGAUGCAGUUUGAGCCGUCCACCCCUGUAUAUGACGCAUGCAGGAUCAUCAGAGAGCGAGUUCCUGAAGCACAGACGGGACAAGCCUCAGAUUAUGGCCUCUUCCUCUCCGAUGAUGAUCCCCGGAAAGGAAUCUGGCUUGAGUCUGGGAGAACGCUGGAUUACUACAUGCUGCGAAAUGGAUGGGAGCUGAGAUAUUUAUGCCUCACUACUUGCUGGGAGCGAAUUCAGUUUGCAGUGGAGGCUGUAGUGAGGAUUAGUGAGGCUGUGGAUAUCAUUAAGCUUCCCUUCCUGUUUUCUCAGGAUGUCUUGGAGUAUAAGAAGAAACAAAGGCCACAGAAGAUCAAAAUGCUGGAUGGUGCAGUAAAAACCAUCAUGGUGGAUGACUCAAAAACAGUUGGCGAGCUACUUGUAACAAUAUGCAGUAGAAUAGUGCAUUUUCUUCAAAACGUUCUGUCCUUUGAGAUAUCCUUGGCCAACUUUUCAGGAAUCACCAACUAUGAGGAGUACUCCCUCAUCCAAGAGGUGACAGAGGACAAGAAGGAGGAUGGAAUGGGGACGCUAAAGAAAGACAGAACCCUGCUGCUCCGAGAUGAGAGGAAAAUGGAAAAGCUCAAAGCCAAGCUCCACACAGAUGAUGAUUUGAACUGGUUGGACCACAGCCGGACAUUCAGGGAGCAGGGAGUGGAGGAAAGUGAGACCCUGCUGCUCAGGCGCAAGUUCUUCUAUUCAGACCAGAACGUGGACUCCCGAGAUCCGGUCCAGCUGAACCUCCUCUAUGUCCAGGCAAGAGAUGAUAUAUUGAAUGGAUCCCACCCUGUCUCCUUUGAUAAAGCUUGCGAGUUUGCAGGGUUCCAAGCUCAGAUCCAGUUCGGACCCCAUGUAGAGCACAAGCACAAACCGGGAUUCUUGGACUUGAAGGAGUUCCUGCCCAAAGAAUAUAUCAAGCAGAGAGGAUCUGAAAAGAAAAUAUUCCAAGACCAUAAGAAUUGUGGCGAGAUGACAGAGAUUGAGGGAAAAGUGAAGUAUGUGAAGCUGGCCAGGUCCCUGCAAACCUAUGGAGUGUCUUUCUUCUUAGUUAAGCAACCCAAGCCUGUGGAGAUCACGCUCAAUAAAGCAGCAGUUAAACAAGCCCCAACUCUGCUGGGUCACUUCAUAGAGGCCCUUCACCCCUUCCAUUUUGGGCUACAAGUCUCGGACAUAGUGUGUGUCACUAUGGGAUGGCCCCACCUGAAUGGCAUAGGGAUUUUGCAUGAGAAGAUGAAGGGUAAAAACAAGCUAGUUCCAAGGCUGCUGGGGAUAACCAAGGAGUCUGUGAUGAGAGUUGAUGAAAAGACAAAGGAUGUGGUGCAGGAAUGGCCCCUGACAACAGUCAAGAGAUGGGCAGCCUCCCCCAAGAGCUUCACUCUGGAUUUUGGCGAGUACCAGGAAAGUUACUACUCUGUCCAGACCACAGAGGGAGAGCAGAUAUCACAACUUAUCGCAGGAUAUAUUGACAUUAUUCUUAAAAAGAAGCAGAGUAAAGAUCGUUUUGGCCUUGAGGGAGACGAAGAAUCCACCAUGCUGGAGGAAUCAGUUUCUCCAAAGAAAUCCACAAUUUUGCAGCAGCAGUUCAAUCGGGUGGGCCGUGUGGAACAUGGAUCAGUGGCCCUUCCAGGCAUUAUACGGUCUGGCUCCAUUGGCGGUCCUGAUACCUUCAAUGUGGGCAUGAUGCCCUCUGCCCAGCAACAAAUCACCACGGGGCAGAUGCACAGAGGACACAUGCCUCCACUGAGUCUCGCACAGCAGGCCUUGAUGGGAACCAUCAACAGCAGCAUGCAGGCAGUGCAGCAGGCCCAGGCGGACCUGGGACAUGUAGAUAAUCUGCCUCCAUUGGGCCAUGACUUAGCAUCCAGGGUUUGGGUUCAGAACAAGGUGGAUGAAUCCAAACAUGAAAUCCACUCCCAGGUUGAUGCCAUCACAGCUGGAACUGCAUCAGUGGUCAAUCUCACAGCAGGCGAGCCUACGGAGACGGACUACACAGCGGUGGGAUGCGCCAUCACCACCAUAUCCUCCAACCUCACCGAAAUGUCCCGGGGGGUCAAGCUGCUCGCAGCCUUAAUGGAUGACGAGGUGGGGAGUGGACACAAGCUCAUGGGUGCUGCCAGGAUGCUGGCGGGAGCAGUGUCGGAUCUCCUCAGAUCUGUUGAGCCGGCGGCCGCUGAGGUGAGGCACCUACUAAUUACGCUGGUGAUUUGGAUCCUCAGCGCUCACAAACGCGCGUACGAUCAAUUUUCUGGGCCCUGUGAGAGCGAGCGGGGCUUGUGUAAUGAAUGUGCUGAUGUCAUCCUCGUGCAGCCCAGACAGACAGUGCUGACUGCAGCAGGAAGCAUCGGACAGGCCAGCGGGGACCUGCUCCGUCACAUGGGGGAGGGCGAGACUGAUGAGAAGUUCCAGGUUGGACACCACCCACUCACUGACACCCUGAUGAAUCUGGCCAAAGCAGUGGCCAAUGCAGCUGCUAUGUUGGUCCUGAAGGCCAAGAACGUGGCCCAGGUGGCCGAGGACACCAUGCUCCAGAACCGAGUGAUUGCAGCUGCCACUCAGUGUGCCCUGUCAACCUCACAGCUGGUGGCCUGCACCAAGGUGGUAAGCCCAACCAUCAGCUCCCCGGUGUGUCAGGAGCAGCUUGUCGAAGCCGGUAAACUGGUGGACCGGUCUGUUGAGACCUGUGUGAAAGCUUGCCGCUCAGCCAAUGAUGACGGCGAGCUGCUGAAACAAGUCAGUGCAGCAGCUGGCGUGGUGAGCCAGGCUCUCAGUGACCUACUGCAACAUGUCCGCCAUUACGCCAGCUGCGGAGAGCCCAUCGGACGCUACGACCAGGCUACAGACACCAUUAUGAAUGUGACGGAAAACAUUUUCACUUCUAUGGGUGAUGCUGGUGAGAUGGUGCGACAGGCCAGGGUGUUGGCCCAGGCCACCUCUGACCUGGUAAACGCCAUGAGGUCCGAUGCAGAGGCAGAAGUUGAUGUUGAUAACUCAAAGAAGCUGCUGGCUGCAGCCAAACUUCUGGCUGAUGCAACUGCCCGGAUGGUGGAGGCUGCUAAGGGGGCAGCCGCCUACCCAGAGAAUGAGGACCAGCAGCAGAGGCUCAGGGAGGCGGCUGAGGGGUUGCGUGUUGCCACGAAUGCAGCAGCACAAAAUGCAAUAAAGAAAAAACUUGUCAACAGGCUGGAGUUAGCUGCCAAACAGGCGGCGGCCGCCGCGACUCAGACCAUUGCAGCUGCACAGAAUGCAGCUGCUUCCAACAAAAACACGGCCUCACACCAGCAGUUAGUACACAGCUGCAAGGCUGUUGCAGAUAGCAUCCCCCAAUUGGUGCAAGGGAUGAGAAGCAGUCAGGCUCAGCCCGAGGAGCUUGGCCCUCAGCUUGCCCUCAUCAUGGCCAGCCAGAGCUUCUUACAGCCUGGAAGUAAGAUGGUGACGUCAGCAAAGUCAGCAGUUCCCACUGUGGCCGACCAGGCUGCUGCUAUGCAACUGGGCCAGUGUGCCAAGAAUUUAGCAACCUGCCUGGCGGAGCUCAGAACUGCCACCCAAAAGCUAGAAAAAUGUGCACAGGAUUUGGGCAGUACCUCCAAAGCUGUCGGCUCCUCCAUGGCCCAAUUGUUGACAUGUGCUGCCCAGGGAAAUGAACAUUAUACAGGUAUUGCCGCCAGAGAGACAGCACAGGCUUUAAGGACAUUGGCCCAAGCUGCCCGUGGUGUGGCAGCUAGUACCAAAGAGCCUCAAGCGGCAGCUGCAAUGCUGGACUCAGCCCAGUGCGUUAUGGAAGGCUCAGCCAUGCUGAUCCACGAGGCCCAUCAGGCUCUGGUUCAUCCAGGAGAUGCUGAGAGUCAGCAGAGACUGGCACAGGUAGCCAAAGCCGUGUCACACUCCCUGAAUAAUUGUGUGAAUUGCCUGCCAGGCCAGAAGGAUGUUGAUAUGGCCCUCAGGAGCAUCGGGGAGGCCAGCAAGAAGCUGCUUGUUGACUACCUCCCUCCCUGCAGUAAGACAUUCCAGGAGGCCCAAACUGAUCUGAACCACACAGCAGCUGAACUCAACCACUCAGCAGGCGAGGUCGUCCACUCCUCUCGUGGAACAAGCGGCCAGCUGGCUGCAGCCUCUGGGAAGUUCAGCCAAGACUUUGAUGAGUUCCUGGAUGCUGGCAUUGAGAUGGCAGGACACACCCAAUGCAAGGAAGACCAGAUCCAAGUCAUCGGUAAUCUGAAGAACAUCUCCAUGGCAUCCAGUAAACUCCUCCUGGCUGCUAAGUCCCUGUCUGUGGAUCCAGGUGCAGCCAAUGCAAAGAAUCUUCUAGCUGUGGCAGCAAGGGCGGUGACAGAGAGCAUUAACCAGCUGAUAACGCUUUGUACCCAGCAAGCAGCGGGACAAAAGGAGUGUGACAACGCCUUAAGGGAAUUGGAGGCUGUCAGAGGUCUCCUAGAAAACCCCAGUGAGCCUGUGAAUGAACUUUCAUACUUUGACUGCAUCGAGAGCGUCAUGGAGAACUCUAAGGUCCUGGGAGAGUCGAUGGCAGGCAUUUCUCAGCACUGUAAGACGGGUGACGUGCUAGCCUUUGGGGAGAGUGUUAGUUUGGCAUCCAAAGCUUUGUGUGGGCUGACAGAGGCUGCAGGACAGGCCACAUAUCUUGUUGGUGUUUCUGAUCCGAAUAGCCAGUCUGGUCAUGAGGGUCUGGUGGAUCCUAUUCAGUUUGCAAGGGCCCACCAAGCUAUACAAAUGGCUUGUCAAAAUCUGGUUGACCCAGCCAGUAGUCCUUCACAGGUCUUGUCUGCAGCAACAAUUGUAGCCAAGCACACCUCGGCUCUCUGUAACGCCUGCCGCCUAGCUUCUUCUAAAACCUCUAACCCUGUGGCUAGGAGGCAGUUUGUCCAGUCAGCCAAAGAGGUGGCCAACACCACAGCCAACCUCGUCAAAACCAUCAAGGUCAACUCCCCAACUGAUCAAAACGUUGAGUGUAAAUUUGUUACAGAAUUUCUUUCAGCCAGUGAGAAGGUGCAAACGUGUACAGCUUCGGAUGGGGAUUUUUCAGAGGAAAACAGAAACAGAUGCCGUGUUGCUACAACUCCACUUCUAGAGGCUGUAGAAAACCUGUCGACCUUUGCCAGCAAUCCUGAGUUUGCAAGCAUCCCAGCCCAGAUCAGUAAUGAGGGCUCGGCAGCGCAGGAGCCUAUUGUGCGUUCGGCUCGCUCCAUGCUGGACAGCUCCACUUACCUUAUUGAAACUGCCCGUUCGCUGGUGCUCAACCCCAAAGAUCCCCCCACUUGGUCCAUUCUAGCCGGCCACUCCCGGACGGUUUCUGACUCCAUCAAGAGUCUAAUCACGUCUAUUAGGGACAAGGCACCAGGUCAGAGGGAGUGUGAUUACUCCAUUGACAGCAUUAAUAAAUGUAUCCGUGACAUUGAGCAAGCGUCCUUGGCUGCAGUUGGGCAAACACUGCCAAGCAGGGAUGAUAUUUCUAUGGAAGCACUCCAGGAGCAGCUGACAUCCUCUGUGCAAGAGAUUGGUCAUCUGAUUGAUCCUGUUUCCACGGCAGCCCGUGGUGAAGCUGCCCAACUGGGACACAAGGUAACCCAGCUGGCCAGCUACUUUGAUCCACUGGUUGUGGCAUCGGUGGGCUUGGCCUCAAAGCUGCAUGACCACCAACAGCAGAUGACAAUCCUGGACCAGACCAAGACCCUAUCCGAGUCCGCCCUCCAGAUGCUUUAUGCUGCUAAGGAAGGUGGAGGAAAUCCAAAGGCGUCGCACACACAUGACGCUAUCUCUGAGGCCGCCCAGCUGAUGAAGGAGGCGGUGGACGACAUCAUGGUGACUUUAAAUGAGGCGGCAAGUGAGGGUGGCAUGGUUGGGGGCAUGGUGGAGUCCAUUGCUGAGUCCAUGGGCAGGCUGGAUGAAGGAACACCUCCUGAACCAGAGGGCUCUUUUGUGGACUAUCAGACCACCAUGGUGAAAUUCUCCAAGGCCAUUGCCAUCACUGCUCAGGAGAUGAUGACUAAGUCAGUAACCUGCCCCGAAGAGCUUGGCGGGCUGGCCUCUCAGGUGACGGUGGACUAUGGACAUCUUGCACACCAGGGACACCUUGCUGCAGCCACUGCAGAGCCAGAAGAGAUAAGGACACGGGUGCAAGAACUGGGCCAUGGCUGUAUUUAUCUGGUCCAAAAAGCUGGUGCUCUGCAGCUCAGUCCCACUGACAGCUUCUCCAAGAGGGAGCUCAUUGAGUGUGCCCGUGCUGUCACAGAAAAGGUGUCCUUGGUACUGUCAGCACUGCAAGCAGGAAACAAAGGCACCCAGGCGUGUAUCACAGCUGCCAGCUCCGUCUCUGGAAUUAUCGCUGACCUGGACACCACCAUCAUGUUCGCCUCAGCUGGAACACUGAAUCCUGAGAGCGAGGAGUCGUUUGCUGAUCACAGGGAAAGCAUCUUGAAGACAGCCAAAGCACUGGUGGAGGACACCAAGCUGCUGGUUGCGGGAGCGGCGUCCAGCCAGGAAAAACUGGCCCAGGCUGCCCACUCGUCAUCCAAGACGAUCACUCAGCUGACGGAGGUGGUGAAACUGGGAGCAACGAGCAUGGGCUCUGAAGACCCAGAGACACAGGUGGUUCUGAUAAACGCCGUACGAGACGUUGCCAAAGCUCUCGCUGAACUCAUUGGUGCCACCAAAUGUGCCGCCGGCAAACCACCUGAUGACCCGUCCAUGUAUCAGCUGAAGAGCGCUGCCAAGGUUAUGGUGACAAACGUCACAUCUCUUCUAAAAACAGUGAAGGCAGUGGAGGAUGAAGCCACUCGUGGGACGAGGGCGUUGGAGGCCACCAUUGAGUGCAUCAAGCAGGAACUGACUAUGUUCCAGUCCAAGGACAUUCCAGACAAGUCCACUUCACCAGAGGAGUUCAUCCGGAUGACAAAGGGCAUCACUGCAGCAACGGCCAAGGCAGUGGCUGCCGGCAACUCUGCUCAGCAGGAGGACGUGAUCGCCACCGCUAACCUGAGCCGCAAAGCCGUCUCCGACAUGCUCGCGACCUGCAAGCAAGCGGCACACCAUCCUGAUGUAGGUGCGGAAUUAAGAAGCAAGGCCCUGCAGUAUGGCUCCGAGUGCUGCGCUGGAUACAUCAACCUUCUGGAGCAAGUGCUGCAGGUGCUGCAGAGACCCAUGCCGGAGCAGAAGCAGCAGCUGGCUGUGCACUCGAAGCAUGUAGCCGCGUGCGUGACAGAGCUCGUCCAGACAGCUGAGGCCAUGAAAGGAUCAGAGUGUGUGGACCCUGAGGACCCCACCGUCAUCGCAGAGACCGAGCUGCUUGGAGCGGCUGCAUCCAUUGAAGCUGCCGCCAAGAAACUGGAGCAGCUCAGGCCUAGGGCCAAGCCCAAGGCAGACGAGACGCUGGAUUUCGAGGAGCAGAUCUUAGAAGCAGCAAAGUCCAUCGCUGCAGCUACUAGCGCUCUUGUAAAAUCUGCAUCCGCAGCUCAAAGAGAACUGGUGGCACAAGGCAAGGUGGGCUCCAAUCUGGCCAAUGCAGUGGACGAUGGCCAGUGGUCGCAGGGCCUUAUAUCAGCUGCACGUAUGGUAGCAGCAGCAACCAGUAACCUUUGCGAGGCAGCUAACGCCUCAGUGCAGGGCCACGCCAGUGAGGAGAAACUCAUCUGUUCAGCCAAGCAGGUGGCAGCCUCCACAGCCCAGCUGCUGGUGGCCUGCAAGGUGAAGGCUGACCAGGAUUCUGAAGCCAUGAGGAGACUUCAGGGUGCUGGCAAUGCCGUGAAGCGAGCCUCAGACAACCUGGUCAAGGCAGCUCAGAAGGCCGCCUUUGACAAAACCGAGGAUGACAGUGUGGUGGUGAAGACUAAAUUUGUCGGAGGCAUAGCUCAGAUCAUUGCAGCCCAGGAGGAGAUGCUGAGGAAGGAGCGUGAGCUGGAAGAAGCUCGCAAGAAGCUGGCUCAGAUCCGACAGCAGCAAUACAAGUUCCUGCCCAGCGAGCUGAGGGAGGAUGAGGGCUGA